GUCAAGUAAGAAUUUAAUGUUGCGUCGUCAUUGAUGUGAAUGUGAUGAUUAUUCAGUUGAUCUAAAUUGGUGAAAUAAAAAAACUAAGGAAUUUUCAUUUAUUUCGUUUUUAGUUUCUUUAUAGCAAAACAUUCAAAUUCAAUUUCACUACGUCUUGAAAUAAGCUUAAUUCUACAAACAUUUUGAUUUGAUCUCAAACCCUUUGAAACUUUCCUCAAGAAAAGAAAAAUGGAUAAUAAUAAAAAUUAUGUUAUGAUUUGUAAUAAAAUUGAUUCAUUAUUAUUCAAAGAAAUGAAACAACUCGAAGUGAAAAAUGGAAUGUUAUCCACCGUUGAUGAAUUGGCCGAUCAAAUAGCCCGGUUAUGGAAUUUGGAUAAACAAACAUUCGAUAUUGUAUGUUUUGGCAAAUUAUUGGAUUUUUCAAAAACGCUGGAUUUUUAUGGCAUUGAAAAUGGUACAAUGUUAUAUUUGUUGAAGAAAAAAUCAACCACCAAUUCGGCGGAAAGUGAAAAAAAUUUGCAAAAAUCCGACAAACCUAAUGAUAAUGGUGAUGUAUCGAACAAUCCGUCUUCGUCGUUUACGUUGACAACUGAACAACAAGGUCAAUGUAUUGCAUUGAAAAGUGCACUAUUGAAUCCAUCAUUUCGACAAGUUAUUGAAAAUUUAUCCGAUUUUGAUAAUCGGGAAAAUCUGAUGACCGUUAAUCAAGAAUUACGAAAUGAUCCAUCGUUGUUCGGUGUAUUGAGCGAUUCUGAAUUGUUACAUGCUUAUAUAAGUAAAAAUAAUAUCAAAAAUGUGUUGCAAAAAUAUCCACAUUUUUUAGAAGUUGCUACACAUGUAUCAGCUACAUUUCAUGAAGAAAUCAAUUCCUCCACAAUGCAUCAAAAUCUUGGUUAUCGUGGCUCAUCAAUGAAUUAUUCAAUCGAUGCUAUAUCUGAAGAUGAAGAAAUGGAUGAAAGUGAAACAUCAUCCAUUUCAUCAACCAAUACAAAUGGUUCAUCGGUUCGUCGUUUAAGUGAUCCAACAUCAUUCGCAUCGAUGCUGAUGCAAGCAUAUAACCAUAAUCACAAUCGUCAAUCGCAACAACAACUUGCAUCUAGCAGUAGCAGUAACAAUCUAAACAAUUCAUCUGUUAUCACACAAGAUAUGCUCCGGCAAGCAUUGCAAUCAACGUCAUCAUCGUCAAAUAUACCAAACAUGAUGAACGAAAUGUCUUCAUCAUCCCAUCAUCAUCAUCAUCAUCCUCACCAUGAUCACUCUGAUCGUCAUCAACAAUCUCAAUGUGAAACAUUUCCAAAUAUUGCAUCAACGAAUACACAACAAGAUUGUAUGGUUACUAGUCGUGAUAGCACACGAUGUAAUACACCACAACCACCACCAUCAUCAUCUUCGGCCGAUCCAAAUGAUAAUCGAACACCAGCACAGAUUCUUAUUGGUUGGGCACCACAAUUACGUCAGAUGCGUGAAUUAGGUAUUACCGAUGAUAUUGUUGCCAUACAAGCAUUAGAAGCAACUAAUGGUGAUGUACAGGCUGCAAUCAAUAUUAUUUUUAGCGAUAUGUCUUAACAAAAUGAUGAUAAUUUCAUUUUCAAUUGGCUUCUUUCAAAAAAAUUCGAAUAAAAAAUAUUUAAAUCAA